AUGGGAAGAGAAGUCCAGCUAAGGCCCAAGGCAAAUGUCUCUUCUUACAUCCACUUUUUGCUGGAUUACAGAAACAAGUUCAAGGAGCAGAAGCCAAACACCUACCUCGGCUUUAAAGAGUUCUCUAGAAAGUGUUCGGAAAAAUGGAGGUCUAUCUCAAAGCGCGAAAAGGCCAAAUACGAGGCCCUGGCUAAGCUCGACAAAGCCCGAUACCAGGAAGAGAUGAUGAAAUACCCUGGCAGGAAGAACAGGAGGAGGAAGCGGGACCCCCACGCACCCAGACGACCUCCAUCGUCCUUCCUACUCUUCUGCCAAGACCACUACGCCAAGCUCAAGUGGGAGAAUCCAAACUGGUCGGUAGUGCAGGUGGCAAAGGCCUCGGGGAAGAUGUGGUCAGCAAUGACAGGCUACGACAAGCAGCCCUAUGAACAAAGGGCAGCUUUCCUGAGAGCUAAGUACCAAGAGGAACUGGGCAUCUACCGGAAUGCCAGGAGGAAGAGCCUCCAAGGGUCGGCUAAGCACCAGCGCAGAGGGUUCAAAGAAACGUCAGACACAACUGACGGAUCCAAUUAG